AUGAUUCAGUGAAUCACGACACGUGCUGCUCAAACAGUGAACAUGAACGAGAACAACAAACACUAACAAACUAACUAAUCAUGUUUUCAUCAGUUAUAAAUGCCUAAAUAUUAAGUUUGUUCAUUUGCAGCGUUAGUUUUUAGAGAUUUUUGUCUAACCGGGUCAUUAGGCCAAUAACUAUAGUUAAUAGGCUAUAAUUAAUUAUUCUCUUAUUAAAGAUGGCGUUCAUUAAAGAGGAGACUGAAGACAUGAAGAUGGUGAUUAUUAAAGAUGAGACUGAAGACAUGAAGAUUGAUUUUAUUAAAGAUGAGACUGAAGACAUGAAGACUGAAGAAACAGUCAGUGUGAAACAUGAAGACACUGAGGAACAAACAGACCUAAUGGCACUGAAAGAGGUGAGUCAUGAAGAAAAAGGAGCUCAAAAGACAGAAACUAAAAGUUAUUUCACCAGCCAACAGUGUGGAAAGAAUUUUAAUCAACAUAGAAACCUUCAAGUCCACUUGAGAGUUCACACUAGAGAGAGUCCCUUUACACUUGUCACUUGCCAACAGUGUGGAAAGAGUUUCACACAAAAAGGAAGCCUUAAAGUCCACAUGAGAAUUCACACUGGAGAAAAGCCUUACACCUGCCAACAAUGUGGACAGAGUUUUAGUCAUAAAGGUAACCUUAUAGCCCACAUCAGAAUUCACGUUGGAGGGAACCUAUUCACUUGCAAACAGUGUGGAAAGAGUUUCAGAAGAAAAGGAAGCCUUAAAGCCCACAUUAGAAUUCACACUGGAGAAAAGCCUUACACCUGCAAACAGUGUGGAAAGAGUUUCAGAAGAAAAGGAAACCUUACAGCCCACAUGAGAAUUCACACUGGAGAAAAGCCUCAUACCUGUCAAGAGUGUGGAAAGAGUUUCAGUCGAAAAGAAAACCUUACAGUCCACAUGAGAAUUCACAGUGGAGAGAACCCAUUCACCUGCCAACAGAGAAGGUUAGUGCUAAGACUCAAUGCCAAGAAAAGUGUGCUUCUUCCAGCUCAAACUACCAUCUACUUAGGGGUAGUCUGGGAUUCCACCACGAUGCAGGCACGUCUGUCUCUUGCUCGGAGGCUGAGGCCUUGUGUGCGUACAAGAACUCUGGACUGGGACUUUGCUAUUGUGUUGGAAGGGGUAGCUGAGGCUCCAUUUGAACCAUUAGAGGAGGUGUCUGAGAGAUUCCUCACUCUUAAAAAUCUUCCUGUUGGUUUCAAAGAAGACUACGAUAUCCACUGCACAAGAGACACAACUAUAGAUGUGACCAGCAGCAUUAACUUCACCCACAGACCACCACAACAGACUCAACCAAACAUUGCAGAUAUAGACAAGAUGCCAAACCACAAAUCAGCCUCUGGAGGCUUCCAGCAGCUCCUCUAA